AUGGAUCCCGAUUACAGGGGUUAUCUAUUGUUCCACAUUGGAGUGGAAGGAUUUGAAGACGACGACGACGACGACGACGAAGAUUACCAAGAAGAGGAACAAAACGAAGACGAAGAAGAAGAAGACGAAGACGAAGAAGAGGAAGAGGAAGACGAAGGAGAAGAAGAGACGGAAGAUGAAGAAGAUAACAGCGACGGCGCGGACGAGGGUGAAUUGGAUGGUAACAACGGUGACGGUAACAGUGUCACUACGGGCACGACGCCGUCUGGAGAAGUUGUGAUUAUUGAAGACGGUGACGCCACGGAGGAGGGUGAGCGUGAAAGAGGCUGCAAAAAAGGGAGGGUCGGUGGUGGUGGUGAAGGGGGUGAAACGGCGUCGUUGAAUGGUGGAGAAUUUGGAGAGUUCAGUAGAGGUGAAGUGGAUGGAUUAUUUUGCCCCAUCUGCUUUGAAGCUUGGUCUUCUGGUGGUGAUCACCAUAUAUGUUGUUUGCCAUGUGGGCAUAUAUAUGGAUUAUCCUGUAUACGGAAAUGGCUGGCUCGUCGAGGCUCGAGCAAGUGCCCUCAAUGUAAAAAGAACUGUCGGAUGAAAGACAUUCGGCUACUUUAUGCCUCACAAAUAGUUGCCAUCGAUGGGGAGCUUCAGAAGACAGUACGAUCACUUGAAGCUAAAUGUGCAUCUCUUGAGAAACAGGGCGCUGAGUGGUUCAAUAAGGAACUGGAAUGGAAGAUAAAAGAACGUGAUUUGCGCAAGCAAGUUCAAUAUCUCGAAGAGCGGACUCGAAACUUGGAGGUCCUUCUAGCAAAUGAGGAAUGUAGAGCUUCAGGAUCAUCUGCAUCCAAUUGGAAUUCUCUUGGACCUGAUGCUAGCAGUAAUUUUCACAUGCAAGGAUGUUCAAAUAAAUUUACAAUACAGAAGGAGUUCCAGAUAGAAGGGGCUCGACUCUUUGACGUUGAUUCUUCCAGUGAGAACUAUAUAUUUGCUCGAAGGCUUCUAGGAAUGGGGGGAAUGCACGUGUUAACGAAAGUGUGCUUGUUAUAUAGUAACAAGAAGGAGGAUAUUCAACUCCCUGAGAACACAAAAGCUGUUAAGGACCUGCGACUUUCUCCGGAUGCUAAACUUGUACUGUUAGCAUCCUUGGGGAAGAAACUAUCCAUUGUUAGCACAGAGAGCAACAAUAAUGUUCUUACUUGGGAUUUGCAGGCUGCUGCCUGGUCAUGUUCAUGGGAUGUUUCCGAUUCUCAUUAUGUGUACACGGGCUUGCAGAAUGGCACGGUUUUGCAGUUUGACGUGCGUCACAACAUGAGAUAUGUAGAAUCCUUGAAUGGGUUGACUUGCAAUCCAGUCCAUUCAUUAUAUUCUCUUUCACCCUCUUCAUCUCGCAGUUCUUCUACCAGAAACGUUCUAACCAAAAAUAUUCUAACGGCAUCCUCACUCGGCUUAUGUCAAUGGGAUUUUGGUGUAAAUCAAGAAACGCCAUACUUAUUUCCCGAAUCAGACGAGCAAGAAGUUUGUAUUUCUCUAGCUCACUGUAAAACCAGUGAUGAUAUUGUUGCUUCAUAUCGUCCUAAAAUCGAGAUAACCGAUGGUCUCACUAUUUCUCAACCGACACAAAGUGCAGCCGGGCAAGGGACAUGGGGAACGCACAUCUAUUACGAAAAAAACACUUCUGGUUACAAAAAAUUCCGAACUAUUUGUGCCAAAGUGAGUGAUAUUAGACUCCCUAAAUCCACCAUUAUUGAUGGGGUAUAUGAAGACCGUGUGUUUGCUUCUGGAGACGAGUCGACUGGUGAACUCGUGCUGUAUGACUUGCCGUUUUUAUCAGUUUCUGGUCGGAUUAAACUCAGGAGCAAUCCUAUUCGUGAUGUGAAGUAUGUGCGCGGUUUGCAUUCGGGACUACUCAGCUGUUUGAGUGAGGAUACUCUGCAGCUAUACACAGCAGCCAUGCGAUUGUGA